AUGCGGCUAGGAUUAGAUGUUGACAUCCACAAACUAGAGGCUGAGAAGCUAAGGAAAGGGAAGAAUAAGGCUGAAGAGGACUUGGAUAGUCUGAAGACUGAUUAUAAGAAGCUGCGUGUGUCAAUAAGAAUAGCUAGUUUGGGUAAGACAUCGGAUCAGUGGCGUCAAGAAAUUGAAAAAGAAAAGGCUAGAGCCGAUCACUGGGAGAAGAAGUUCCAAGAUAGCGAAAAAGAGAAACUACAAGCUCGGAUAGCCAAGCUGGAAAAGUCGCUACAUCUGCAUCGAAGCCGUAACUCUGUAACUGAGUUAAAGGCCAGCUUGAGCAAGAUCGAGGAGAUGAAAAGGAAAAUAGAGGAACUCGAGACGACACUACAAGAUGGAAAAAUUCGAGUGGAAUUACUUGAGGCAAACAAUGAACAUUACAAAACACAACUUUACCAAUAUCAAGAUCAAAUCAGAAAUAGAGAUUAUGUCAUGGGUGAAGCUGUGGCUCAAGUACGGGAGGUAGCCGAUCAUUUGCAAACCUUGGCAGUUCAGGCUGAUGUAAUACGAGUCAGAAUCAGAUCGAGGCCGAAACUUAGCUUGGCUUCUUAG